AUGUUUUUUUUUAAAAAUGCUAGAAGAUGUUGUUUUUACACGAAAAUCUAUGAAAAUAUAAGAAUUGUGAAGAAAGUAAAGUUGGAGGGGAGGGCGUCCCGUCCUGAUGGAGGGGGGAGUUCGAAGUAUCCCCCAACUGAACCGGAGCAGUCGUGUGCCCCGGGGAAGGAACAGACAAAAGAGAGCAGUCCCUCCUUGAAGGACAUCAAGACGGAUAAAAGUAAACAGUUUUACAAAAAUGUGUAUGAAAAAAUAAAACAGAAGAAUGUUAAGUUAGGGUACCAUGGGGAGCGUUUGUCAGAUGAUUUCAUUGAUAGAGGAGAGGCAGGAGGAGGUGCCCCCUUAGAGGAAGGCCUGCGGGAGGCAAGUGGAAAAGAAGUCCCCAUGAAAAGGCACCCUGGGUUUAGUGAAAACCGAAGUGAAGAAAAAGUGGGCGUAUCAGAUAAAUUGCACGAAAGGAGAGACACAACUUGGAAAGAAAAAGUAGCGGAACGAUUAAACCUCCAACGGGAUAUUCAAAGUGGGAAAGGUAAAGUUAUCAAGGGGGAAGAAUAUCUAAAGAUAAAAAAUAACUAUUUAAAAAGUAAGGAUGUGUAUUUGAAGGUUAAGGAUGGGCAUGUUAGUGGAUACAGUAAAGUCGGUAGGGAUCGGCAAGGGGAAGGCUCACCCGCAAAGUGGAGUGCAGUUUUGGCAAAAGCUCCCUUACAGUCCAGGGGAUCCAAAUUCAAGGGAGAAAAAAAGGACGGAGGACAAGAAGAAAAAAUGCCCCAUCAGGAUAGAGAAGGAGAUUCACUGGACGGAAUGUCAAACAGAACAGAAGAAGGGGUGGAAACAAAAGGCGCUGACAAAAACGAACGGGAAAGAGGAAGCCUUAAAUGUAAAAGCUCUCUGAGCCCAAAUGGAAAUCACACAAAUAAACAGCUGUCAUACCUCCGCUAUAAUGAUAAAAAUAAGUUAAUGAGAGAUUCACCAAAUGGGAAAGACAAUAAAGAGAAUAUUCCUUUUGAUCCCAAAUUGGAGAAGGUAAAAAAUGCAAAGGGCGAAUGCCAAGUAGAUGCCGAAGCAGCUGAUAAAAAUUACGUCGAUGUGGAAUAUGAACAAUAUUGGGAUAGCGAAAAGAUAAAAAAAGUUUUACAGCUACAGAAAAAUAGAGAGAAAAUUUUUAAAAAUAAAUUAUUCAAAGGAGUAUUAUGUGUAUCCCCUUAUGAUACGAGCAAGUGUAUUGUGAUUAGUGAAGAAGAACCUUUCGGUUCUUUGAAAAAGGAUAUUUUUAACAUUCAUGGAUAUAUUAACCGUAACAGAGCACUGAACGACGAUGUAGUGUAUGCCUACACGGCUCGAAGAAAAAUCAAGAGAUCAGGAGAUUUAGAAAAUGAAGAAGAGAUUCUCGAAGCGAGUCAAGAGAGUACCAUCUCGGGAAGCGAAAAGGAUGAAGAAAAAACGGAACAUUUUUGUAGAGUCGUUAACAUCGUUGAACGGAAAAAUUGUCCAAUUGUGUGUACCUUGAAUUAUUUAAAUAUUAACAAAAGCAUAAACAACACUUUUGGCAGGAAGGGAGCUCCACAGUUGAAAAGUGAAAACUUGUUGAGCAAUCCUCAGAAUGUAAAAACGCACAAAAGGGAAGGAAGUAAUAUGGUGUGUGAUCCCAAUCAUGAAGAACUUCCACCCAGGAAGAAGGCCAAAAAAGGCCAGGGAGAAAACGCCCUCUUGUGCGCCAAGGUACAACCCGUUGACCCUAGAUUACCAUGCUUCAUAUACGAUGGUUCUAGUUGCAUUUUAAAUAGAUUAGUGCACUAUUUGAAGAAAAAGAAAAUAAAUCUGUACCUCCUGGUGAAGUUUAAAAAAUGGGACACACACCAGAUGAAUCCAUAUGGAAGUAUUACUACCAUUUUAGGAAAUGAAAAAAACUUUUUAGGAGUCAUUUAUUUUUUUAUUCAUUUUUACAAAAUACAUUUUCACAUUUAUGAGAGGAGUGAUAUGUCUUAUUUGAAGAGCAAAAUGGGGGUGAGCGACAAAGUCCUGGUAGCUUUGGCCAACCGCCAGUCUUCUGCGUCGAGAGCGCAGGGUGAGGAAAGCUAUGGAAGGGGGGAAGUAUCAUUGGGGGGAGUAGUACAUCGAGGAAGAGAACCCCCACCUAUCCUCCAGCACCAGCUCAAAAUGUCCUACUUGAAAAACAUGCAAGAAAAUAAUAAGCGUAUCGAAAAGUACAUGUUAAAAAGCUUCCUUAAAAAUAGAGAAAUUAUUACUAACCUGGACAUAUUUACCAUAGACCCUCCGACUGCAAAGGAUUUGGAUGAUGCUCUAUCCAUUGAAUUUGUCGACAGCGACACAAAUGCUUCAAGGGAAUUUGAGUAUAGAAUAGGGGUACACAUUUCUGAUGUCUCCUUUUUUGUAACCCCCGAUUCUUACUACGAUAGGGUGGCUUCCAAAAUGUGCAACACAAUAUACAUGGACCUAAUGGUCAUACACAUGCUCCCUUCCAUUUUGAGCGAAGAAAUUUGUUCUCUGAACACCCAGGGCGAGAAGCUGUCCUUUUCCGUCUUUUUCCGACUGAGCAGUCGGGCGAAUCCAUAUGAUUUCGUGAAGGGGGAAAUUGGAGAGAGUGACGAAAAUGCAAAAAGCGACAAUAUCCCAAUGAAUGAAAAGGAUGUGGAAAUUAUGAAGAGCUUAAUCAAGAGCAAGAAGAAACUAAACUAUGAUACGGUUGAGGAUUUCCUGGAUGAAGUGUACGGCAACCUUCAGCAGAGCAAUAACAAUAUAAAGGAAAAGGAACAAGACAUUUUAGUGAGGGGGAAUCUUCCAUUAAGUUCCUUCCCCUUUGUUGCAAAUUUUGAGGCAAUGUGUAAAAAGUAUGACCUGAGCAUAAAAUUGGGAAGCGACAUCUUUCGAUUAUUUCUGUUGUCCAAAAUGCUGAAGGAGAGAAGUGGACGGAAAAGCGUCAACUCCAAGCCGUCUUUGUUAUUUUUAUUCAAUGAGGAGGAUACUUAUGGGUCCUGUGCGCGAGAUAGGGGUAUGCCCAUCCAAGUGGAAGAACUGGAGGAGUGUUAUUCGGAGGGAGGAAACACCCUUAGUGGCAAUCUUAGUAACCAUCUUGACGACGAUGCACUUAACAAGGGGUUGGAGGCCUUUCUGAAGAAGAAGAAAGUACAAUCCCUGCUGGAAGAAAUGGACAUGGAAAAUAUUCGCGUGGAAAAAAUUGAUUACAGAGCAAAAAGCCACAUGCUAAUAGAAGAAAUGAUGAUUUUAACAAAUUUUUUAGUAGCCAAUAAAAUUAGCCAAAGUAAAAAAAUGGGAAUCCUUAGGAUACAUGAAAACACCUCGGAGGAGAUAAAGAAUAAUCUCCUUCACAUUAUUGACCAUAAGACAUACAUCCUAAUUGAUUCCAUGAUUAACAUAAAAAGUAGCAACAUUAACGAUAUUUUAAAUGUCUGCGAAAAGGUAUUGGGUAGUAAUCAGCUCAUGUGCAUGCAGUACAAUAUUUUGAAACAUUAUAAAGAAGCCAUAUACAUCCCGUACACAGAAGGGGAAAAGAAGACUCAUCAUUUCGGCUUGGCAUUGAACAAAUAUAUUCAUUUCACUUCCCCUAUAAGGAGAUAUAUCGAUAUUAUCAUACACAGAAUUUUAGGCAAUAUUGUGGAAGGCGAUGAGGAGGGCUUAAAUUACAGUUACGAGGAUUUGAAAAAAAUUUGCGACCAGUGCAAUGUUCAGAAAAAAAAAACGGACGAGGCUCAGAUUCAUUUGAAGAAUGUCCUCCUUAAUAGAUACCUCGUAUAUUUGAACGAAGCGUAUAAAACGGAAAAGUCACUGGUGGCGAAUGUGCCUAAGUCGGCUGCAAAGGAUGGGGACAAUCAUAGUUUGAAAGAUUCAUCACUGUGUGUGCUUCACCAAGAGGAGCGAAGAACAACCCCCCAUGAUAACACUGUACAGUGCAUCACCCCCUUGGAAGGAAUGAAGCCCUCAGUUGAUCAGCCACAGAGGAAAGAAAGGGAUGGCCUUACCCAUAAAGGAAAUGAAUUGGAUGAAUAUCAGGAACCUAUUAAGAAGUACUUCUACAGGAGGAAUGGUCUUAUCUACUUCCCGACAGAAGCCUAUAUUCAAGAAAUAGUGAUAACGAAAAACGUAAAGGAGAGCAUUUGCCUGAAUAUAUUAUUUGAGAAUUAUAUUGAUGUGGAUGGAAUGGACGACACCGAGGAGGAUUAUACAUCGAAGACAUACACAUACACAUCCUACAUGUUGAGCUCAUGCAAGGGAAGUAACCCUAUGAGUAGCUACCCCGUGGAAAAGAGCAAUUCGAUCACCGACCGCCUGAAGCUGAUAAAUGAGGCGAAUGACGAAAUACCCACCGCCAAUCACAUUAGAGAAGAAAGCGCCAAAUGUAAAUUAAAGAAAAACGCAAUUGAGAAUAGCAAACUGAAAAAUGCAGUCGUCUUUUAUGUGCCCUUGCUAGAAACAGAAAAGUCAAUCAGUGACACCUUGCUGAAUCUUACGUUUCAAUUUAUUUCUGUGUCCUAUGAGGAAAGUACCUUUGUGUAUGAUUUAUCGAGACGGGUACUGUACAGGGUGGGCGGAAAUGCGACUGCCAUCAAUGGGCCGCUCAUCAGUGGGGAUCUGGAUGGAACCGCAAAAGAGGAAGAGUCCACGCCAUCAUCUGAGCACGGGAUGCAGAAUAUAGCAACCCUGGAUAUCCUUAAUAUCCUUAAAAAAAUAAACAACCCCCAAUUUAGCGUUAAGUACGAAGUACUAAAACUGGAUGAGAAAAAGGCCUUUGAGAAAAUUUACGAUUUUCUGUAUAUCCAUGACAUUUUCUUCAAGCGGGUUGAAGAAGGCACAUCGAGAGGGAAUUGCAGCCGAGGUAUUAACCAUGAAAGUUUUUCUACCGAUGAACAUAAUAAAGGAGAUGUUGGUCUGAUGGAGAAACCUGCUCAUUUCGAUGGGGAAAAGAGCGAAAGGAAUAAAGCAUCGAAUGGAGAUGCGAGAAGGGAAUGUGCUGAAGAAGGAUAUACCGAUGAGUAUGAAAGAAUAAGCAGGUUUCAGAAGAAGGAAAUUUUGAUUGUCCCCGGAUCGCAGGUGUGGACCUUGCGCUUGGCAUGA